CCAUAUAACAACCGAAACUGCAGUACUGCAACACAGUAUGAUCGGAAUCUGAACAAUAUUAUGGAUAAAUCUUCGGAUGGUUUACCGAUAUCAUCUCAAAAUUCUUCAACUACAAGUGCGGACCCUCACAGACCCGAGACUGAUGCAACACAGCAUGAUGAUUUGUUUUUACCGUCUCUACAAACUGGAGCUGGGAUCCCCGCAUUAUUUUUGACCUCUGCUAAGGAUUUGCAUGUACCUGGAUCAGUCAGUUCUGGCCGUGAAUGCAUACCAGACGACCUGACACGUGGCGUCAAACGGAAAUAUGAUGAAUACAAAAACGACACAUGUACAUACACACGACAAAAAGCAUGCCGUUAUACGCAUACUGCAAUCCCUCGUGGAGUAAAACGUAAAUUUGCUUCUGAUCAUUCAGAGCAACCAAGAAAAAGAUUUAGAGCGGCACCACCGGAAGUGAAACUCGUGCAACCUGAAACUGAAAAUGAACCUUCGGUUUCAAACAGCAUUUCUGGUGAUGGCAGCAAAAGCAAUGACAGUUCUGACACUUAUUCUGACUCUGCAGAGGCUAAAGGCAUUUCACAUUCGCAGCCUGUAGAGGGCGCUUCAAAAGAUAUAUCAGACGAGCAGUCACGCGACGCACAAAGCGAGCAAUCUGACGACGAGAUUUCAUGUCCAAGAUCCUGCGUUUGUAACAUCGGCUACAGCAGGAUGCCCGAACCGAUUGAACGCGAUUUUCCGACAGCAAUACCCUUAUACCGAUGCUUGCUUAUUCGCCGUUUAUACAGCCUGUCCAACAUGCAAUACACGUGCUGUCAGUCUCGAUGUGUAAGAAGGUACCCACGAGAAAGCGCCAUGCGCGUCAGUUUGCGUCAUAUGACCGAGGACUAUUAUGAUUCAGAUCUACGCGUCACCAGAUACUCGUGGGGUGAGUGGAAGGAGUGACUUUGGAAUGCCUUGUUUUAAGUCGACAACUGAUAUUUUUGAUUAUUUUGGAUUGCUUAUUUUAAAGAAAAGAUAGCAUAUAUUAUGAAUCAGAUCUACGCGUCACUAGAUACUCGCGGGGCGAGUGGAAAGACUGACCUGGCACUUCAUUAUUUAAGACGACAACUGAUAUUUUUGACUAUUUAUAAACACUUACUAAGAAAGCGACAUGAUGAAACUUAAAUGAAAAGAAAUAAUCAUUUCAUCAGUAUUUUCCAUGUACCUUCCUUUUCAAAACAGACCAAGUAUUGCAUAUGACAUAUUGUGUGAGUACUGUCUGCACUUUUAAAUGUUUUUUUUUUCUACUUGUCAAUUUCAAAUGUUAAGGAGUGACCUUGAAUUUUAUCGUUUUAAGUCGACAAUUGAUAUUUUCUGGGAAAGAGGUCAUUGCUCUAGAUAGGUUUUUUUAUUAUUAUUUAUGAUGACUUAUUAGGAAAACGACAAGUUAUGAUUAUUUCACCAGUGAUUUUCCAUUUACUUUUCUUUUCAAAAUAGACCCCCUUAUGACAUUUUGUGAAAGGACAGUUCGCAUAUGGAGACACGACACGCAAUAUUUAAAAGUGUUAAAUACUCGUGUCAAUUUCAAAUGUAAAUUAUCACUUUAAAAACAAUAAAACAUGGG